CUUGAUCCUCUGAGCUGGACGUCUGAAGCGAUGAUCACAAACAUGAUUGUGUUGCUGUGUUUGUCUGCGCUGUUUCCUGUUGUCUUGAUGGGCUAUGAUGAGGUGCAGUCAGAUUGUGUUCGUGUCAAAGACUGCUCUGACAUUUAUGAAGGUGGACAUACUACCAGUGGCGUGUACACCAUCACCACAAUAGAUGGACCGGUGCAGGUCUACUGUGAAAUGGUCUCCGAUGGAGAAAAUGACCAAGGACACUGGACGGUGUUUCUCAGGAGAAUGGACGGAAAAGUGAAUUUCAAUAGGCCGUGGGAGAGUUAUAAAAAUGGUUUUGGUAAUAAAGAAGGUGAAUACUGGCUGGGUGUAGAGUUUCUUCACCAACUCACACGCAGAUAUCGGUAUAAACUCAGAGUAGAUUUGGAGGACUUUGAAGGGCAAAAAGCUUACGCCGUGUACGAGUCCUUCUCUGUGGACUCUGAGGCUCAUGGGUACAAACUGCAUGUGAGCAGCUUUGUAGAUGGAGGAGCAGGUGACUCUUUGUAUUAUCACAAUGGAAUGAAGUUCUCCACCUUUGACAAAGACGAAGAUAAUUCAGGAGGCAACUGUGCUAUGAAAUAUCAAGGAGGGUUUUGGUACAACAAAUGUUAUUACACAAACCCCACUGGUGACUAUAUGUGGGAGAAAGAAGGGAAGAAAAAAAAUACUGGAGCCACCUGGUACUACUGGAAGAACAACUGGAAUUCUCUGAAGUCCAUCACCAUGAAGAUCAGACGUGUAAAGUAGAAAAUAUUUCAAAACAUGAAGAAACCUCAAAU